AUGCGACCUUUUCUAGAUGAUGCAAAGCGACGAGUGGAUCGCAGACUCAGUGAAAGCAGGCAGUCAAGAUCCACCAGCCUUAUGUUUUCUAGUGCUUUGCCUGAGCGGCUAAGGGACCAUGACGCCCAGGCCGAUUUUAGCGCUCCACCUGUCACCACUGGCUCUCGAGGCGGCCGCCCACGAUAUAUGCAGCAGUCUGUACUUUCAUUGAUUAGUGCGGUUGGUUCCAGAUCCGACUUUAAUAUGCGAUUUGACGAGUCCAGUGAUAGUGAGGGGGAUGCAGAGGAAACACAUCAGAAUCCAUGCACAAAGACCCCUUCUCCCUUCCCUAGUAUGCGACACAGAGAAGUCGAGAACUCCACGUCGCGGCCCGAAAAUAAGCCCCAGACCGAGGAAAGAGGCCGUCGUCAUCGAAAGACAACAUCGGAAAAUAGACUUUUACAAUCCUUUAAAUCAAACUCCGGCCAUUGUUCGCCAGUACCGACGAUACAAACUGAGCCCACAUCGAGCGAAGACUUGUCUCGACCUCCAUCCCCAAGGCGUCCUCGCAGUGCAACCCCCCGAGCUGCCCCUAUUCUCAGUCGCAUGGUUGAGGCUCAGGCCCUCUUGGUCCCCGAAGCUGCAGCUGAGCGCUCUCAAUCAUCUAUAGAGAGGAGCGACAAGGACCCUCAACAGCCGGGAUCGUCUGCCCUCUCUCUCAGGUUAAUGGAGAUGUUUGGUUACGAGUGCCCAGAAAAGGUCAUCGUUGAGUACGCCUGCUCUUUGCUACAGAGUAUGCUUCUCCAAGGGUAUAUGUACGUCACAGAGGGCCAUAUCUGCUUUUACGCCUACCUUCCCAGAAAGUCCACAGUGGCUAUCAAGUCUGGUUGGCUUCACAAACGUGGCCGGAAGAAUCCCAAGUAUGGUCGCUACUGGUUUUCUUUGAAGGGAGAUGUUCUCUCUUACUAUGCGGACCCGUCAAAUUUUUAUUUCCCCAGUGGCCACGUUGAUCUUCGAUAUGGAAUAUCAGCCUCUUUGGCCGAGCAAAAGGAUAAGAGCAAGGAGACAAAAGACUUUCAGGUCACCACUGACCAGCGAACAUAUUAUUUCCGAGCAGAUAGCCACGCCAGCGCCAAAGAAUGGGUUAAAGCUCUGCAAAAAGUAAUCUUCCGGACUCACAAUGAUGGUGAAAGCGUCAAGGUAUCGUUUCCCAUUGGGAAUAUUAUAGACAUAGAGGAAAGCCCCAUGGUUGAUUUUGCCGAGACAUUCAAACUACGCGUUGUUGAUAGAGACACUUACGCCAUUGAUGAGUACUACUUUUCUGUUUUUAAUACCGGCCAAGAUGCCUAUAACUUUUUGAAAGGCCUGAUCAAUGAGACAACAACGAAAAAUUCUCAGACGUUAUCGUCCAAGCAAGACCACACCGCUAAUCACGGUCGUUCUCGUGGGUAUCAGAAUAGGUGGUCGCUGAGCAAUGUGCUGAGCCAGCCGCGAGGUAUUGGAAACGUUGGCUCGCAGCAACGAAGUGUAAGCACUAGCCAUAUCAGCUUUGGCCACGAUGUGGUUGGAACAUCUCCUCCAACGAAGAACCCGGAACCUUCUGAUUCCUUUGUCAACUCCUUUGAGCAAGCUACUGAAUCAUCAGCUGUCUUGCAGUCGAUGACGGACACGACGGAAUCCGCGAGUCAAAUCUUAAACCGAAGUGAUGUUUUUCAGUCUCCAACAAUCCACACGCUGCGACAUCGACCUUCCGAUACAGAUAGAACGGGACGUCGGCACUCGGAUGAAACGGCGCGAUCGAUAUCUAAUGCUGUUGCCGACUCGUCAACAUUUCCUCGUAGACAUGGACACGGAAUCCAGUAUGCAAUCAGCGAAUCAGAUCAAGAAACACAAGGUGCCUCCAAGGUGCAUACGUCUGCCCCUUCUUUGAAUGAGCUCGUUAGAGCUGGCGUCUAUCCCCUCCAGCGCGCGGCAGGGCUUGCAGAAUAUUUGAAGAACCGGUCAAAACAGAUGAGCACCCUCUUGGCCAGCGAAUCUAUGGGUUACCUAGAAAAGGUGUCUGGGAUGUGGGCUGGUGGACGCAAGCAUUAUGGAGAAGGCGAAGGAGUACAACCAGAUGACCAAGAUGUCGACCCUGAAGAUAGGGAAGAUGGCUGCGGACAUGGGGAUCGUUUUCGGGCCCACUUCACCCUGCCAUCAACCGAAAGGCUCCAAGCGACAUACUUUGCCUAUCUGCACCGCGUUCUUCCGCUGUAUGGUAAGAUCUAUAUUAGCCAGAAAAAGCUUUGCUUUCGCAGCCUUAUCCCGGGGACUCGCACAAAAAUGAUCCUUCCCUUGAAAGACAUUGAAAACGUUGAAAAGGAAAAAGGGUUUCGAUUUGGUUACCACGGACUUGUUGUCGUCAUUCGGGGCCAUGAAGAGUUAUUUUUUGAAUUUAACACCUCCGAUGCCCGAGAUGAUUGCGCUGUGACACUACACCAAGGUCUAGAGUCUGUUAGAUUCUUGGCAGAAUCUGGCAUGCUCGCAGAACAGGAAAAGGACGAGUCCGAAGCCGCAAAGGCAGAGCAUCUUAUGUUGCAAGAGGCUAGGAAGGAUGCUACCGGCCAGUAUGAUACCCGUACAAUAUUAGAUGAGUCUUCCGAGCUUCACCCCAUCUUUGAUGACACUCGGGCUUCGAUUAUCAACUUCAAGCCCUCUGAACCCUUGAGAAUUACAUGCCUUACUAUUGGCUCGCGUGGUGACGUACAGCCAUACAUUGCCUUGUGCAAAGGGCUACUCGCCGAAGGGCAUAAGCCCAAAAUUGCGACCCAUGCGGAGUUCGAGCCAUGGAUAAGAAAACAUGGCAUUGAUUUUGCCCCAGUUGACGGAGAUCCAGCAGAGCUUAUGCGGAUAUGCGUGGAGAAUGGUAUGUUCACGUAUUCAUUUCUCAAAGAGGCAUCUAUGAAAUUUCGGGGAUGGAUCGACGACCUUCUAUCUUCUGCGUGGGCGAGUUGUCAAGACAGUGAUCUCCUCAUAGAGUCACCCAGUGCGAUGGCAGGAAUCCAUAUUGCGGAGGCACUCAGGAUCCCUUACUUCCGCGCGUUCACAAUGCCUUGGAGCAGAACCCGAGCUUACCCCCACGCUUUCGCGGUCCCGGAGCAUAAGUUAGGCGGUUCAUACAACCACAUCACCUAUAUUAUGUUCGAUACUGUUUUUUGGAAGGCUAUAGCUGGACAGGUAAACCGAUGGAGAAAGAAUGAGCUUGGGUUGAAGGCGACCAACCUGGAUAAGAUGCAACCGAACAAGGUCCCGUUCCUCUACAAUUACUCUCCUUCAGUAGUCGCCCCACCGUUGGACUACCCCGACUGGAUCCGUGUAACUGGAUAUUGGUUCCUUAGUGAAGGGACUGACUGGUCUCCCCCUGCUGAGCUGACUGAUUUCAUUCAACGUGCGCGCAAAGAUGGUAAAAAAAUUGUGUACAUUGGGUUUGGCUCAAUUGUGGUAUCAGAUCCGUCUGCUCUAACACGGACAGUCAUAGAAUCUGUUCAAAAGGCUGAUGUGCGCUGCAUUUUGUCUAAAGGGUGGUCAGAUCGUCUGGGAGAUCCUGCCAGUGCAAAACCAGAGAUUCCUCUACCUCCAGAAAUCAUGCAGAUCCAGGCAGCUCCACACGACUGGCUGUUCGCACAGAUAGAUGCUGCCGCCCAUCACGGAGGGGCUGGAACAACUGGGGCAAGCUUGCGGGCAGGUGUUCCCACCAUUGUCAAACCUUUCUUCGGGGACCAAUUUUUCUUUGGUAACCGGGUUCAAGACUUGGGUGUGGGUAUUUGCAUGAAGAAGCUGAACGUGAGUGUGUUCUCACGGGCCUUGUGGGAGGCCACUCAUAGUGAGCGAAUGAUCAUGAGAGCUCGGGAAUUAGGCGUGAAAAUACGCAGUGAGAACGGGGUGGAGACUGCUAUCCAGGCAGUGUACCGCGACCUCGAAUAUGCCAAAACACUGGCUCGACAGCGCUCCAUUGUUUCAUCGACACCAUUUUCUCCAACACCCUCGGCCAAGACUAUAGCCGAACAGGAAGAAGAUGAUGGUAUGACUGAUUCUGAAGAGUGGACAUUCGUUGGCGAUGACACAGAUAUCGAUAUAUCCAGACGAGUGCGAGAUAGAGCCAUAUCCGAUGCAGAUAUGUUACCUGAACCAGUUUCCGGUUAUGCCAGCACUAAGAUUGCAUAA